AAACACGCAAAAGCACUGUCGUUUUUAGCAACCUUUUGCUAAUUUCUCUCCGUGUCUGUUUACUAGAACUUCUAGUGUAGUGUUUGUGUUAAUGUCUUGAGAAAAUCUCUGUAAAUCUCAAAGCUUUCAUCAAAAAAAACUUAAAGCCUUUUAACAGACACACUGCAACGGUCUUAAAUCGACUUUGAAAAGAGAAAAAAAAAAGCUUUAUUUAUUCUUCACGAGAAACCCCAUUAUUUCUCUGUGUUCUUUUGGGUAAAGUGAUAGCCUUUUCAGCUACUAAUAUAUGUAAUCUCAGAGAUAAAAGCAAAUAAAAAGUUAGUUAGAUUUGUUGGUGAGGAGGAAUCUCAUUAGCUGCCAGAUGCUUUUUUCCUGAGCUUCUCAAGAUUAUGGCUGAUGAUCUCUGGUUCUUCCCUAAGGAUGCUUUCAACAUUAAGGCUCCAAAAAAGGCUCCUUUGGUGUUAAGGAUGGUUGUUUUGGUGUUUGUAAUGAUAUGUGGUGUCUAUGUUUGCGCUGUUUGUCUUAAGCAAAUCCGCACUACGUCAAGCCCUGGAAUUUUCAGUAUUGGAGUCAUCGAAAAGCCCUGCCCGGAACCUAAUAUUGAGCCCUGGGAAAUCCCUUAUGUGCACUACCCUAAACCCAUAACGUAUAGCAGGGCUGAAUGUUUGUGCAACCCGGUGAGGAAUUUUGCCAUUCUGUCAAUGCAGAGAUCUGGGAGUGGAUGGUUUGAGACUUUAUUAAAUAAUCAUACUAACAUCAGCUCAAAUGGAGAGAUUUUCUCUGUUAAAGUUAGGAGGAGUAAUAUUUCGAUGAUUGUGGAGACUUUGGACAAAAUUUAUAAUUUAGACUGGCUAAGUAGUGCUUCCAAGAAUGAAUGUACAGCUGGUGUUGGCUUAAAGUGGAUGCUUAAUCAGGGUGUGAUGCAACAUCACGAGGAAAUAGUCGAGUAUUUCAAAACUAGAGGUGUUUCAGCUAUCUUUCUCUUCAGGAGAAAUCUCUUGCGUAGAAUGAUUUCAGUACUGGCAAAUUCUUAUGAUCGAGAAGCUAAGCUAUUAAACGGGACCCAUAAGUCUCAUGUUCAUUCGUCUGAUGAGGCAGAGAUACUAGCUAAAUACAAGCCUUUUAUCAAUGCAACUUUGCUGCCAGCCAAUCUGAAGCAAGUAGAAGAAACUACUACGAGAGCAUUAGAGUACUUCAAGAGCACCAGGCACAUUCUUGUUUACUAUGAGGAUGUAGUCAAAAACCAUACUAAAUUACAAGAGGUUCAAGAUUUUUUGAGGGUUCCACGAAGAGAGCUCAGGAGUCGGCAAGUAAGAAUACAUAAUAAAUCGUUACGUGACCAGGUUGCGAAUUGGGAUGAGGUCGAACACGCUCUUAAAGGAACGCAGUACGAAAGCUUCCUUCACGGAGAUUAUGGGAGGUAAAGAAAGCGGGAAAUGCUGUAAAUAGCAUGCGGUAUCAUCUAACAUAUAUAUUUUUCAAUAGUUGCAGGAGGCAACAACAAGAGUUCAAUCCUGUUGAAAUUUUGGCAGCAAAAAAAAUUUGAAUUACAGAGUAUUCAAAUCGGUGUUACUGAUCGGGUUUUGACCCUCCAAAAUUAGUAUUCCAUUUAUUCUUUUCGAGUUUGGUUCGACAUGUAUCCUGCUGUAUUUGUUUAUUGUGCACGACUGAAAAAGAAAAAAAAUGUAAAGAUGGAAGCUUUUCAUGUUGAUUCAGCGGUGUUUGCCGUGUAAACUGUAAUGCAGGUUCCAAUUAGUUGUGCUGUGCA